AUGAGCAAACCAUCCUAUCUAUCCACCGCCGUCACCGGCGUCACCAACGCCGUAUCCCUCAUCCACGCCAGCGCCCUUCCCUCCAACCUCAGCAACUCCGCCCAGACCGCACUCGAAGCCGUAGGCCUCUAUCGCACCGGCAACGCCUCGGACUUACACUGCGGCGACAUCAAGGACAUCUUCGGCUUCGAUUUUGUAGAUGUCGGUAAUCUAUGGGACGACGAACAGGACGGGAAGCCCGAAGGAUUGACUCGCGAACUCAUCGAUAGAGCAACUAAAUGGCCCCGAACAAUCCCUGCCAGACGCCUCGUCUCGAUCAUUCUGAAUGAGCUAUUGAAAUCGGUUACGGAGGUGCAUGGAAUGGAGAAACUUCGAUUAAGUCAGACGGUGCGUAUCAGACGGAUGACUCUGCAUGGAAUGUCUGUGCGUGAGAUCCACGGUUUGAUCGAUUUCAGUCUGUGGUAUGGGGAUAUGGACAAGAUGGAAACGAAUUUUAUUGUCCGUCUAUGUGACAAUGUGAGGGCGUCGGAGCUGUUGGCUUAUAUGGGUCUUCUUCAACGCGAUCAAGACCGUCUUCAAACGAAAGGGCGCGGAUCCCUAUACGGGCUCGUGACGGACGGGAAGCAAUUUCAUUUCUAUCGCUUGGAUCUGGAGAACGAGGUGCGGUUUCUAAAGCUCACGUGGGAUGGCUCGGUGCCGCAGGUUACGUGGAUUCUGGGGGUGAUUUUUAGGAUUAUGGAGUCUGCGGGAGAGCUGUCUAUUCCGUGUAUUUAG